GGCACUUCCGUCCGCGCAGCUUUGCCCGGAACCUGCGCCGCGGGCUGCAGGCAUGGGGGCCGCCGGCCUGGCCCGGUUGCACGGGCUCUUUGCGGCCUACAAGCCCCCGGGGCUGCACUGGAAGCACCUGCGGGACACGGUGGAGCUGCAGCUUCUGAAGGGUCUCAAUGCUGGGAAGCCUCCUGCCCCUCAGCAGCGUGUUCGCUUUCUGCUGGGCCCCGUGGAAGGCAGCGAAGAGAAGGAGCUGACCCUCACAGCCACCAGUGUGCCCUCCCUCACCAACCAUCCGCUGGUACGUGGACCAGCAUUCACCAGCCUGAAGAUUGGCAUGGGACACCAGCUGGAUGUCCAGGCAUCUGGGGUGCUUGUGCUCGGCGUGGGACAGGGAUGCAGUCUCCUCACCGACAUGUACCACGCACACCUCACCAAGGAUUACACGGUUCGCGGCCUCCUGGGCAAAGCCACAGAUGACUUCCGCGAGGACGGGCGGCUGGUGGAGAAGACAACAUAUGACCACGUGACCAGAGAGAAACUAGAUCGAAUCCUGUCCGUGAUCCAAGGCUCCCAUCAGAAGGCCCUGGUGACGUACUCCAACCUCGAUCUGCAGACCCAGGAGGCCUAUGAGAUGGCCGUGAAAGGCUUGAUCCGGCCCAUGAACAAGUCCCCGAUGCUGAUAACCGGCAUCCGAUGCCUCCACUUUGCGCCUCCAGAAUUCCUCUUAGAGGUGCAGUGCAUGAACGAGACGCAGAAGCAGCUGCGGAGUCUGGUGCACGAAAUCGGCCUGGAGCUGAAGACCACCGCUGUCUGCUCCCACGUGCGGCGCACGCGGGAUGGCUUCUUCACCCUGGACGAUGCCCUCCUGAGGACCCAGUGGGACCUGUACAGCAUCCAGAACGCCAUCCAGGCCGCAGCCCCCCGGGUGGCAGCCGAGCUGGAGAAGAACUUGAGGCUGGGGCUGGGCACCCAGCAGCUCCAGGGUCCAGGCUGGCAGGGGGACAACGAGGGGCCGAGCCCUGCCUUGGAAGGCUGGACGGCGGGUGGGGCAGCGGGUGGGUAAAGAUCAGAGUUGUUCAUGAGCUGGGAUGGAUGACUGCAGAGAGAGUAGGGGAAGCUUGAUUACAUGUGACAUGAACCUUAGAAGCUGUAGGAGAAAACACGACCCAACUGAAAAGGAAAAACUUCUACAUGGAGAAAGACAAUACACGCAUGACAGACGGAUAAAGAUAUUUGCGUCUGAACCUUGAGCUGUGGAAUCUGUUGACUCCAGGCAGUGUCAGGUUUGAGUUAAACUGUAGGACACAGUCUGGGCCCACCGAGAGCUGCAGCAUCGCUUGGCGUGGGAGACGCCCUGUGCCCGGUGUCGGAAGCGCUGCGUGCGGAGGAGUUUCCCUUCACCUGUGUGUGUGUUUAGCGUGUGUGUGUGUGUGGAAUGAACCCCAAUGGUUAAUUUUUUUUAGCCAAGUGGAAUUCUACACAGUGUGACAAAUGGCUUCUUUCCUUGAACAACAGAGCAUGGCCAUUUCUCCGUCUGCCCACCAGGUAGGGGUGCUCCUUCCUGCAGACCCUGUCGGGGGGGCCAGGUCACAGGGCUCUCUGAGGAAGGCCCAGCUGCCGCCUGGAGCCAGGACUCUGGUGAAGAGCUCACCCUCGGUUUUGUCAUCUUACUGAACCUCUCAGGGUGAAGAGCCAGCGUGCUGUGUUUGUUCCGGCGGAAGGGCCCUCAGCCCUUGGCCUCUCUGGCACUUACAGCGAUAACUUCAAGAGAAGGCAGAAUUAGCUGCCACACUCUUCCUGAAAGGCUAGACUGAUGCCAUCGCUGCAGAUGGCGCCCAGUGCCCAGUGCCCAGCCCGGAGCCUGGGCAGGUUUGGUGGUCAGCAGGCCAGUGACCUGAAGGGAAGAUGAUGCCAGUGAUAUGAAUAACAGCAGCUUACUGAGGACUUCUGUGCUAAGAGCUUUACAUUCAGUGACCACCUGACAUGAAACUAAUGAUUAUCCCCCUUGUAUGGGAAGGAAAGCUGCUAGGAAGAGCCAUCCUGUCUGGCAGAGGGCAUCUUGGUCUGCAUAGGACCUGCCCCUCCAUGAUUUCUGACCCGGUAGCUGCUGGACAUCAGUUUAACUGGCAUGCCUCCUGAAUCUCUGCCCCAGAGGUGAUUUCAGAGCUGUCUUCCCCUCUUCAGGGUCACCCUAACCAUGCGAGGCUGAGGCAAGAGCAGGUACCUCCACCUGUGCUUACUCAAGCCAUAUUCACUGCCACCCCUCCUUGUUUAGCAUCUCCAGAUAUCUGACUACCCCUCCCCCUUACACCGGCCCUCCCUCACACCAGAACCCCAGGGAAUUUAAUCCCCAUUUUACAGAUGGGGAAACUGAGGCCUAAGAAGGUAAUACUUGCCUGGGCCUCACAGCCAGUCAAGGGUAGAUCUGAACUGGGUACUCUGGCUCCAGAGCCCAUGCUUUUAAUCUCUCUUAACCAUGACCUCCCUAUCUUGACCUUGGUGGAACCUAGGCCCAGCCCUGGGUUGUGUCCCUAGUGAGAUUUUCCUAUUGAGACCUUGGAGCCAGGGGUGAUAUGCAUAAUCAAAUCCCAUCUUAGAGUUGUGGCCUUGUUAGAUAGGAAACAUGGAAAUAUAUACUUCUGCAUGUAGACAAUUCAGAAUAAAAUCGAACAAUACUUGGAUUAGUGGAAUCUAAUCCAAAGGAGGGGAAAACUGGGUGGGGCAGAGGGGGUUGGCAAAUCUCAAUACAUAACUGGAACCCAGGCUAAAUAGGCGGUCACAUUGAGACCGGCUAGUAAGCUGGGAAUAGGGAAACAAAGUUAAACAGCAGUUUGCAGCUAUCCAGUAACCCUAUCUUCCCUAAACCAAGGACACUUGAGAGUAAAUCAUUUGCACUUCUCCCCAAGCAGAGGGUAAAUAGCUUAAAUCACCCUACUCAGGGAGACAGCAGAAAUCCAAUUAGUGCCAUAUGGCAACCACAGCCAAGGACAAAGGAAGUUAAGAGAAUAAAUCUCAUUUUGGUUUAUCAGCAUAAAUCUGAUGAGUAUUAAGAUCCCCCCUCCCCCAAGAAUUCCCCUAAAUGUCCAGCCUUAAAAACUCAAAACGAAGGUCAUAGGGUGAGCAAGCCCUUCCUUCCUCCCCCUCCCACCUUCCCCAUUGGGAUGCAUCUCAGGCUUGAAACCAGGGGAGCAAUGGGCAGUGGCAACCACCCCCCCAACCUGUCCCCAAGGUCCCCUUUUCUGUGACUUCUCAGUGAGCCAAAGCAGAUCAGCCUAGGCUUACUUCCCCAGCUUUAAUAAAUGUCCUCUCAAAUUCACCUGGGCUUGUAUUGUGAAAGUUUUUUCUACACAAAGUCAAGAGCCCACACCCUACUAGCCAGCUCUACGCAGACUCACUAAGGGCCAGGUCUCCUUUCCAGUAACAACAUCACCUCAUCUGGAGUCCUUAUUGACACAGAUUAUAAAAGAGGUUAGAGUGGCCUAUCUUGAUCUCAGAAUUGUGGGGGGCAGGGGUACCCCUGAGUCAUGCCCAAAUAUUUGGUCAACAUGCAGCCUCAGUCUGCUGGGGAAAAAAACCACUCCAAUUCCCUUGGGAUGGUAAAAUGUUUUCCUUAGUAGGUGUUUUUAACCCUGAAAGGUUAGAAAUGAACAAUGAUUGUUAAAUUGUGCCAAAUGUGUAAGCAACUUGAGAUUUGUAAGUUGAGCUUGCAAUUUUAAAGUUAAACUAUUGGGUUGAUUUAUUUCAAGAAAGACUUUAAAGCCAAAUAAAGUGCAAAUAAUUCUGUGUACGAAAUGUG